AGCCACUGUUCGGGAAGUGUCAUCGUUAUGUCCGUUAGCCCGUCAGCCCAUUUGCGACUCCGAGAUAACUCAAUCAUCAGACCCCUGAGAUCAAAACGGGGUUGCAAAACCUGCAAAGUUCGAAGGGUCAAAUGUGGAGAAGAAAAGCCUCGUUGUCUCCGAUGCGCGAGCACUGGUCGCAAAUGCGAGUAUGAAAGUACAAUAUCCUCCACAUUUUUCUCCUCAGCUUCUGCAAUAUCCAUCCUUGACAACUCCAUUUCAUUAUCCUCAAACACAGUAUGGCGAGAGCGUCGCGCUUUUGCCUACUAUUUUCAGUACGCCGCAGCGUCCAUUGGCGGCGGACUGGAUGUUGAUUUCUGGCGCACGAUUGUCCCGCAGGUUUGCCGGAGUGAACCUGCUGUGUGGGAUGCCAUGAUCGCUAUAAGCUCAUUAUUUGAGAGCCCUGAUCCAGGCCAGAAUCUCGUCUCUCUAGGCCGUGAUCGUUCUCGCCGUCUCAGUCAAAAGCAACGAGAUGCCUUAGAGUGGUAUUCGCGCUCAGUGGCUGCGGUUCGCCGGGGAAUUGAACGUGGGACUGUAGACACCUUUGUCGGACUAAUUACCUGCAUCUUAUUUAUCUGCAUUGAGGCCCUCUUAGGAGAGAUGGAGGAGGCUUUACGUCUCUAUGGUCAAGGUGUGCAGCUCAUUCUCGCUUGCAGGGCCAUGACAGCAACCAAAACCUCCAUAUUAAAGGAUACGAUUAUCCCGACUUUUGUGCGAGUAGGAGCCGUCACUCUCAGUGCUGGCGUUCUAGUGAGCAAUCUAUUACGAGUGACUGAACUUGCAUCCACACACGAUUUUGUCUCCCUCAAGUCUGCUCGGGAGGCCAUCGUUAACCUCGCUAUAGAGAUCCCGCUGUUUGAAUCAGCUUGCGAAGAGUAUCUAAUAAAGUCGCAUGCCUGCUGUAUAUCCCAAGAAAUGAUGGAUCAGCGAAGAACCCUGUCAGCUAGGCUACGGAGCUGGCACUCUGCAUUUACUAACCUGAUGGAAUCUUGCCCCACAAAAGACCCGUCGCAAGUCAGUACCGGCGCGCUGCUCCGGUCUUACCAUGAAAUGUUAUUCGUCAUGCUCGGGGUCUGCAUAUCGCCAUCGCGGAUCACCACUGAUGACUAUCGACCAAAUUUCCAAACGAUAGUUGACCAAUCUAGCAUCGCGUUAAGCGGUUCAGCGCGGCAUGAUGGCACCCAACCACCAUUUACCUUUGAACUCAGCGUUGGUCUUCCGCUUUGGUUCACAUGUGUCAGGUGUCGCGAACCUACAAUUCGACGGACAGCACUUGCUCUGCUCCGUCAAUCGCACCAGGUGGAGGGGCUUUAUAAGCGCGACAUUGGUGCCACGAUGGGCGAACGAAUCAUGAUGCUAGAAGAAACGUAUGGGACGGCAAUGAACGCAGUCCAAAGUCUCGUCAGCAUGGACUUCAAACCUGGCGCAAGCCCAUACCCUACACUUGCCGACGAGAAAACCGGGACACCAGCAGUGCUCGUCCCUGGCGAAGCACGCAUUAAACCCCUCGGUGUCUUCCGGCCACGAGACGGUUAUCCUCCUGGAACGACGUUGGAAGACAUGGCGAAGUUGAGCCGAAACCGUAACCAAACCUUUCUGCACUUUUCGCGGAACGAGCGCGAUCCGUCUAACAACACGUGGCGGACAAUCUAUGGAUAUGCUCCUAUUGAUUUUAAAACUGCCUAAAAUAGUUGGAUGUGAACUGAAGAGAUAGAAGAAGUAAUCAUGAACUAGCAUAUCACAUUAAUUCUUGG